CCAGAAAACUACCAAGUCAACUUCACUCAUCCAUUCAGAGACACUGCAACUACUAAUUCAAGCUACUGCGCUUGUGCAAUCGACUUUAUCGCUGCUUUCCUGUAUCUACUGCAGCGCGUGUACACGGCAACUGUCAUUGUUGGCCGAUGGCACAGCGAUGAUUAUAUGAUCCUUACAGCAUGGCUUUUGACGACUGUCGAUCAGUUUCUUAUUCUUCAUUGCCUUAUAAAAGGUGUCCUCGGGGUUCACACAUGGGAAAUCUCGCUUGAAGAUGCUAUUUGGGAGACCACGCUGAUUCAUGCUAAGACUUUGACUGUGCUACCGGGCACCGUUCUCGCGAAGCUUGUGCUUUGCAUAUUUUACUACCGCUUGUCGCCAAUUGUUUGGUACCGCUACGCCAUCAUUGCUACUUCUGUCAUCAUCAUUGCUGCGUUCAGCGCCGUAUGGUUCACAGUCCAAUUCGCUUGUUCCCCGAUCUCGGCAGCAUGGAAUCUGCGCCUUUACACUGGAACAAAUCGCAUCGACCGCCCUCCCAUGUACAUGCUCCAAGCUAUCAUGGGCGGCGUGACUGAUGUAAUGCUCAUGGUUAUGCCUCUACCCAUCAUCUUUCGACUUCAGAUGUCGUGGAAGCAUAAGGCGGCACUGAUCGCGUGGUUUGGCACGGGCUUUAGCACGUUGGGUGCCGCUGUAGCACGCUUGGUUAUCCUGAUCCCGAGUUUGAAGAACUCAAACACCACAUUCGUUUUAGGCCAGGGCACACUUUGGUUGAUUGUGGAAGCAAAUCUCAUCAUUAUCUGUGGCUCGCUGCCUACCUUUCGUGUUUUCUUGAAUCACGUCGCGCCUAAGAUCCUCGGCGAAUCAGCAAGUCGCACCGGCGAUGGAAACAGAGGCACUCCUCCGGCCAGGAUGCGGUACGCUCUACGGACGUUUGGUGACUCUCAGCCGAAGCGGAGACAUUUCGAUACCAUUGAUGAGCUUGAGCUUGGCGACAGACCAUAUGGAUCAGAGAUGAGGUGGAAAGUGGAUACGGAUGAAACGGGCUCAGCUUAGACGCGGCACAAGCCAAAGAGCCGCUCAGAAGCUAGUGAUGAGGAGGCUAUUGUCAAUACGUCCCAUACAUUGGUGGUUCGCUUCUGUCGAUAAAACAUUUCAUUUGUGAAAACUGGCU